ACUUAGGACAGAGUUGGAUAAACAAACAGAAUCUCAAGUACCAAAACAGAUUCCUGCAAAAAAAAAAUCAAUGGAAGAAACAAAUAAGAGUGUGGUUGAUGAUUGCUUCACCAGUGCUAUGGCACUUACCGACUCAGGUUUCCUUCAGCAUGUGCCUACUCGUUACAUUCUUCCACCUUCACAACGACCAAUGCUCGGUUCAAGCAUUGGCAGUGACACCAUCACGCUUCCUGUCAUUGAUCUCUCCCUCUUACACGAUCCUUUGCUUAGACCCUGUGUCAUCCAUGAGAUUGAAAUGGCCUGCAAGGGAUUUGGUUUCUUUCAGAUUAUAAAUCAUGGAAUAUCAUCAUCAGUGGUGAAAGAUGCACUAGAUGCAGCUACAAGGUUCUUUGACUUACCAGUCGAUGAGAAGAUGCUUCUGGGUUCUGAUAACGUCCAUACACCAGUCAGGUAUGGCACCAGCUUAAACCAUUCAACAGACAAAGUUCAUUACUGGAGAGAUUUCAUCAAACAUUACUCCCAUCCUCUCUCAAAGUGGAUCGAUUUGUGGCCAUCCAACCCUCCAUGCUACAAGGAAAAAGUGGGGAAAUACGCAGAAGCAACGCAUGUGCUACAUAAGCAACUAAUUGAAGCUAUCUCAGAAAGUCUAGGACUGGAGAAAAAUUACUUACAAGAAGAAAUUGAAGAAGACUCGCAAGUCAUGGCGGUGAACUGCUAUCCAGCUUGUCCCGAACCCGAAAUUGCCUUGGGAAUGCCACCACACUCGGACUUUGGCUCACUGACCAUCUUACUCCAGAGUAGCCAGGGCCUGCAGAUAAUGGACUGCAAUAAGAACUGGGUUUGUGUGCCGUAUAUUGAAGGAGCUCUGAUAGUCCAGUUGGGAGAUCAAAUAGAAGUCAUGAGCAAUGGCAUAUACAAGAGUGUGGUUCAUCGUGUAACAGUGAACAAAGAUUACAAGCGGCUCUCUUUUGCAAGUCUUCACAGUCUGCCUCUGCACAAGAAAAUAAGUCCAGCACUUGAGCUCGUCAAUGAAAAUAAACCAGCUGCCUAUGGAGAAUUCAGCUUCAACGAUUUUCUUGACUAUAUCUCUAGCAAUGAUAUUACACAACAAAGAUUCAUUGAUACACUCAAGAAGAACAAUUUAUGAAGAUGGUGUUAAUGACUGUCACCCAAAUCAUACAGUUCGACAAGGCUGUUCCCAUGUUGGAUUAUGCGGACCUAAGUUGCAUGCAUCUUGUUUUUUAGUAUAUGGCUUAAUAUCACUAGAUUAUCACAUAACUGCAAGUAAACUGCACUUGUUUAUAUCUCAUAAAAGCAUAACUUGUUGUCAUAUAAGUGUAUCCUUAUGCUUUGAGAAUAAUGCUAAAGUAACUGU